GACAACAGCACCCGGAAGAACGGUUUCAAGAAGAGUACAGCAUGCCAUGAAUUGUUAGCUAAUGUGACAAAAAAGGCAAUACCUAGCUGUAGUGCUGAUUGCAUUAAAAUUAUCGGAUACAUUUACUUACGUGCUGUUGUAUGGCUGUUAUGACAUAUUUGACUGAAACGGGGCAUAUCAGUUUUAUCCCGGAAGUGGAGCUUGUUUUUCUGUUACAGCUAACGUUAGCUUGCCUGCCAGCCCUGGUUUGUCGUGUUCUGAAAACCUGAAAAACUAGCUAACAUUAGGUAGACACUUAUAAUAUUGCAAGCCACAAAUGUCACUCUGCAGUCGAGCAUUACUGCUCACUUUGUAAGCUAAAUGUACGAUAUUUUGUCACGGUUCCAUUUGCUGGGCAGCUAGUGAAUAGCGUAGCUUGUCCAAAGAAGUGGCAACUCGCUAGUUAUGUGCUAUUAGCUAGCUAGCUGUGGCGCAAUGAACAGCCCGGGCAACAAUCUCGGUUUGGGCAUUGAUAUCGUCAGCUAGCUUGCAAGCUAGUUGUGGAACAUCGAAGUUUUGCUGCCAAAUAUUUCAUUUGCUUGAAAUAUAUCUUUUUUUAUCCUUUGAGAAGCUCCCAGACACCAUGAGUGCCAAAUUUGGACUGAUUAAUUACAACAGCUCCCGGAAGCACAUAUCCAUCUCUGUCCCGUCUGGGACGGAGAUCAUGUCCCCCCACAUCAAGUCUGUGGAGGAGCUGCGUGUGCUGGGCAUCAACCUCAGCAGCUUCAACACGGCCAUGCAGUUCUUCAUCUGCGUGGCCGGGGUCUUCGUCUUUUAUCUCAUCUAUGGGUAUCUGCAGGAGCUCAUAUUCUCAAUGGAAGGUUUUAAGCCUUUUGGAUGGUACCUCACCUUAGUGCAGUUUGGGUUCUACUCCCUGUUUGGACUGGUGGAACUGCAGCUCACACAAGAUAAAAGGAGGAGAAUUCCAGGGAAGACAUAUAUGAUUAUAGCAUUUUUAACUGUGGGGACCAUGGGACUGUCAAACACCUCACUGGGGUAUUUGAACUAUCCCACACAAGUCAUCUUCAAGUGCUGUAAACUCAUUCCUGUCAUGAUAGGAGGAGUAUUUAUUCAAGGGAAGCGAUACAAUGUGGCCGACGUGUCUGCUGCUCUCUGCAUGAGUUUGGGCCUCAUUUGGUUCACUUUGGCAGACAGUAAAGUUGCACCCAACUUCAAUGUUACAGGAGUCAUCCUCAUCUCUCUGGCCUUGUGCGCGGAUGCUGCUAUCGGGAACGUGCAGGAAAAGGCCAUGAAGCUCCACAACGGCUCUAACUCAGAGAUGGUCUUGUAUUCCUACUCUAUAGGAUUUGUGUACAUACUGAUGGGCUUGUUUUGUGUGGGUGGACUGGGACCAGCAGUGGCCUUCUGCUCUCAGCAUCCAGUGAGGACCUAUGGCUACGCGUUCUUCUUCUCCCUUACGGGCUACUUCGGCAUCUCGUUCGUUCUCGCAUUGAUCAAGCUCUUCGGCGCCCUUGUUGCCGUCACAGUCACAACAGGGAGAAAAGCUAUGACGAUUGUACUGUCAUUUAUGUUCUUUUCAAAGCCUUUUACUUUUCAGUAUGUGUGGGGUGGUCUUUUGGUGGUAUUUGGGAUAUUCCUGAACGUUUACAGCAAAAACAGAGACAAAAUGAAGCUCCCAUCCCUGGCAGACAUCAGAAGCCGUGUUUUGUCCGGGAAAAGGGGGAGGCUGAUGUCUCAAAAUGUGUAGGAAACCACCUCUGAUGCCGUACUCCGCUGUCUAACUGGGACCCCCGAUAGGACAGGCUCCGGGGCGAGCCCCACAGAAACAUUCCUGCUGAUGGAGAACAGGGACAGAAGCACCUGCCACAGGCUCAAAAGGGAAUUAAUUACCUGGCCAAAUAUAGCAGUGUUGCACUGUAACAUUGACUUCAAAUGUAGGCACGCUGGAUGGAGGAGACUGAAGACCUAUUUAAAGAGAAGCUGUUCUCCAUUGAUCAUGUCCUCGAAUGAAUGUGUACCAAAAGUCAUAUUAUAAAUGGCAUAUUUGUCAUGCACAUGCCUCAAAGGUCAAGUUUUACGUGGCCACAAUAUGGGACCUUGUGAUCUUUAUUAUUAUUCAUUUUUAUUUAUGUCUGAUCAUGUAAAGAAAAAUGCAGUUGCAGGACAUGAAGGCCGUGACAACGCUCUUAAGUUUAUCAAAGUACCGUAAUCACAAUAGUUUGUGAACCGUUUGUUUUGGUGAAAGGGUUGCUCUUUUUUUUUUUUUUUUUUUUUUACAUUGGAAUCAGAAAAGGGGAAGUUAAUUCAAGGAGUUUUGAUGUGUUUUCAUAAAUGACUUGUAAGCAGCUUAGCAGGCAUUUCUUAUCCGUUGGCUGCAGAAAGGAGAGUUGAAUUCCUGCCAAGAAGCUUCUCAGAUGUUUACCCAUCAGAUUGCCCAGGGCUUGUUUGAUUAGUAAUCCUGGAAUAAGAUAGCACUAGAAAGAAAACAAACACUGUUCAAAGGGCUUGGCUUUGGACCUCGUUUUGAUGGGUGGUGCAUCACGUGGGUGUGUGAUGUCGGGGGACAUCCUGCCAGUGGCGGAAGAGCUGGAUCCGGCCCCUCCGGUCUUUAUUAUAACGUGUCUCAGACAACGCCUUCCAUGGCUUCAUGUGCCACAUGUUGUGUGUGUUGGGGGGGGCUGUCACUCAGCCGAAAUGGGGAGGAGCGGUGGGGAGAUGGGGCAUUGCACAGCCAAACCUCAAAGAAGAACUUGAACGCUCAUUUUUCCUUAAAUGUAAAAAAAAAACCUAUUGUAAUAGUGAGGAUUGUGGGAUUGAUGGGCCGGGCGUGUUUGGAAACUGUCAACUGAUAUGAGGACUGGUUACGCGUCAUAUUUCAUGUACUGUACAAUGUUGAAUUGGCACUUUGACUGUGCAGUAGGAUUUCUUACUGGAAUUUAAUUACUCCCAGAAAAUGAAGGAAGAAACUUGACUCUGGUACCAGUAUGUAGAACAUAACAUCUGGUAGCAACCUGUAUGGAAUACAUAAAUAAUAAGUGUGUAGGAAUACAUGUUUUUGAGACCUGAGGCUUAUUUUAGCGCGGGUUGGCAUCUCGCUGAAGAACUGAUAAGAAAUGUCUAGAGACCAAGACAUGUCUAACCUUAUGCAGAUAAGCAAAUAUUUGUGCAUUGCACAAAGGACUUUGAUGUGUGUUAAGUAUAGACAUGUAUUACUUGCAUGCACAGACAUACAAUACAUGAACACAGACAUUUUCUGUCUGUAAACAUUCAGUUGCAUGAAUCUUUACACAUACAUUGUGAGGUGGUGUCCUCUCAAGCCAGUUAGUCAUAACGGAAUUUCAGUGAAACGGGUUCAGAGUUAUAAGCCCUCACCCCAUUAAUAUUUUGUCCAUCUUCUGUUUCAAAUGCAUCAGCCACCAUCAAGUUGAUCUCUGUUGGGAAUGUGAAUUUAUUAUAACACUUGUAUAUCAUGAAAAAAAAGAUCAGUGUAAUUGAUAUUACAUAGUUAAUUGUUCUAACAGUUCUGGGAAAGGUGCAAAUUCACUACUGGGGAAUCAUUUUUAAAAAAUGGAAGGAAAAAAAUCCCUCCAAGCAUACAGCAUUAAAACAGCGUUAAUUUUGACUUUGAAGUUGUCCUUCAUAAUAUAUGUUGCACAGGUACUAAUUUCCCCCUUGUGUCUGGCUUCAAGUAAAAUUACAAUAUUUGCCAGCUCUGUAGGGGGCAGAAUAUUGCUCUGUUAGUGAUCUGGUAGAAGGGAAAACAUUACAAGCUGACACCCAGGCAGGAAGCUCAACACAGGGCAAUUAGUCACUCAGCGUUUCAUAAAAGCUGGCAGCUCCUCAACACUGACAAACUGACAGAUUCUUCUCAAGGGUCCAGAGGCUUGCAGCAAAAACGGCACACAUGCAGGAUGUCAUAAACGUUUUGAUCUUGACAUGGCAAAAUAUGUGAAUUCUGCCUCUUUUUUUAAUCAAAUUUACAAAUUAUAUGGGUAAUAGAUUUUGGGGAGUUUCAGAUAUUUUAUAUACUUGGUUGAAUUUUAUGAGAAUGUAUUAUUUCACCAUGUCUCUUAAACUGUGGCAGGGAUGUAGACAUACUUUGUCGUUCCAAAGAUUUAGGAAACAAAUGAAAUGAACUCAUGACACACAUGAUUGUGAGGAUUUGGUCAGUAAAGAGGAUGAACGUGAUUACAUAUUAUCAAGGCACCAUAGAUGCCUCACGAUGUUAUUGUAAAUGCUAUAGGAUUACAUCACGGUUAAUUUAAGA